CGUUAUCAUAUGGUUCAUCCUCAGCAGGUGCCUGGGAUGGUGAAGCUAUGGCGAGUAAAGGGAUUAUAUUUGUCUCAAUCAACUAUCGUCUCGGACUUCUCGGUUUUUUCACACAUCCAGCAUUGCGGGAAGAAAAUCCAAAGCUCAACGGAAAUUACGGGCUUCUAGACCAAAUAUUUGCUAUUAAAUGGGUAAAAAACAAUAUUGCCAACUUUGGAGGAGAUCCAGAACAGAUUACUGUUGGAGGACAAUCUGCCGGUGCAAUUUCGUCACUUUUAUUGGCAUUUUCUCCUUUGGCUUCAAAUCUAUUCAAAGCGGUCAUUUCCGAAAGCAGUGGUGCUUUUUACCCCGAUGAUCCGAUAAACUGGUGGAUGACCCCCUAUACAGUACAAGAAGCUGAAAAUGUCAGCCUUAGUCACCUUGAAUCAGUAAAUGUUAAAAGAGACAUUACUGUAGAUAAACUGCGUGAUGUGACUGUCGAACAACUUGUAUUUUUUUCAUAUUUCUAAAGAAAAUUAUUUCAAAUUUCUAACAAAAUUCAAAAAUAACAUUAAUAUCUUCUUCAGUAUCAACAAACAUGGAAACUACGACGGUGGCGUCAAAUACUCGAUGGAUAUGUA